GUGAGAGCCUGGAGAUCCCACGCUUGAGGCAGAAGCGGGCAGGCGACAAGGGAUCGAGGGAGCGCUUCCUUUCGAAGAUGAAGCCGUCCAAAGUGAAGAAGCCCCGCCCAGGCAAACAAAAAGUUUGUGAGGAAGAUGCUGUUGCUGUAUCAAAUGAAGAGUAUAUUGUAGGGCAAGUGGCCAACAGUCUGUUUCAAAAGAACCCUGCAAUAUGUGGCACAGAUCCCUUGGUACAACUUUUCAGUGCUCCAGGGAUGGAAGAACAACCAAUGUAUGUUGCUGUACCAAGAGAGAGUAAGAAGCGCAAGAAUACAGAAGAGGAUAUUGCCACAGAAAUUCAGAACUCUGUCAAACGAGUGCCUUUGAAAAACAUGAAGAAAGCUAAAAACAAAGCUUUCUCUCCAGCAGAGGAAAGAUUAGUAAAAAGGGAAUAUGCUUUGGAUCAAACAGAUGAAGAGGAGAUGAAAAAAGAGAGACAAAUCAAACAAAAGUUGGCUUCUCAGCAUCUCUCAGCUUCAGAUGCUGAUGCUGGAAUAAAACAGAAGAAAAUGCAAAUUGACAUGGCUAAGGAAAUGCUAAAGAAUAAGAGGACUGUCUUUGUGGGGAAUUUACCUAUUGAUUGUACAGUACAGAUGCUGAAGGCAUUCUUCAAAGAAUAUGGACGAAUUGAAUCAGUGCGCUUCCGCUGUUUGAUUCCAGCAGAGGAUACGUUGUCCAAAAAACUGGCAGCCAUAAAACGAAAGGUGCAUCCUAAUAGGAAGUACAUGAAUGCUUAUGUUGUCUUCAAGGAAGAAUGUGCAGCUGUUAACGCCUUAAAACGUAAUGGAACUGAAUUUGCUGAUGGAUUCCACAUCAGAGUUGACCUUGCUUCAGAAUCCACUUCUCAUGAUAAUAAGAGGUCUAUAUUUGUUGGAAAUCUCCCCUAUGAUAUUGAUGAUGAUACUGUGAGAGACCAUUUCUCUGAGUGUGGAACUGUAAAGGGUGUGCGCAUUGUGAGAGACCGGAACACUGGCACUGGCAAAGGAUUUGGUUAUGUUCUGUUUGAGGAUACAGAUGCUGUGCACCUCGCCCUGAAGCUAAACAACUCUGAGCUAAAAGGAAGAAAGCUCAGAGUGAAACGCUGUACCGAAAGAGAAAAAGUACAACAGAAAAACUCAGAAAAGAAUGUAAAGAACUUGGUCAGCUUUAAAAAUAAAAAAGCUGCCCCACGGAACAAUGCAAAAAGGUGUUCCAGUGAUACUUUUGUUGGUGAAAAAGCUGAUCCAGUGAAAAAGAGGAAAAAACCAAGAUCAACAAAUAUUGCAAAGAAAAAACUUAAAAAUUACAAAUGA